UUUACAUGCAGAAGGAAGUCAGAUUAACGUGUAUUUCAGGCGGUGUGUAAUGUAAUUAUCGUUAAUACCUUAUAAGUUGUGUUAUUAAAUCAAUGAUUAGGUUUGUCCGUCUAUCAGAGAAACUAAAUACAAUUGCCUGAAACUUAAUAGAUACAUAUGCUUCGUUGGGUAUUUUUGUAAACAUCGUGCUGUAUGUAACAUUUCAGAAAAUUUUUUCAAAUAGGAGUCUUCACAAUUUUUACGACUUAAUCAAUGGUUGUACAGUUUGUUUUUGGUAUUUAAGAGCUGUUCUGCAAUUGUAAGGGUAUUUUUGUGUAAUGUGGGUGGUACUGCUGACAUAUAUAUAUAUAUAUCUAUGUAUAUAUAUAUAUAUAUAUCUAUGACUGGUGACCAACAAUAGAUUUUAAAAUUUUAUUAUUUUCUCGCGUGGGUUAUUUGCUAUCGCCGUUUCAUUUCAAAUAAAAUCCAAUUUAACAUUAUGAGAAUAUUUAAAAAAAAUUAUAAAUUAAAAUUUUAAAUAAUAUAAAUAACUUUUCAAGGGAAUCAAAUUGCAAAAUAUUUUUCAAAUUAAAAAAUCACCCUAAACUAUAAGAUGGAAUUUAUUUAUAGUGGCAAACAAUUGGCCAGCCAUCCAGAUCCUUCCGAUCGUGAUGACAGGUUGGGGCAAUCGUUUGAUUGACACGGGCAGCCGCUCAGUUACGACGUUGCUCGAGAACCAUCUGAUUUCUGUCGGAUCUCCAAAAUGUUGGGUGGGGCCCGUGGACUUGGAUAGUGCUAUCAAUCGCGCUGUCGUUCAUUGCUGUCAUUUUGGUAGCUGCGUCAUAUUCUGCAGCAACACCAAAGAACGCAACAACAACAACAACUGCAAUGAAUUCAGCAACAACGACAACGAACCCAACAACAACAAAGAACCCAACAACAACAAAGAACCCAACAACAGCAGCAAAAAACACAACAACAACAGCAAAGAAUCCAACAGCAGCAACAACAACAACUGCUACAGCGGCAAACACCUCAGCCACAGCAACAAAUACCGCUACAUUAACGAUUGCAUCAAAUACCGCAACAACAACAACAACAACAACAACAGCAAAUACACCAACAACGCUAAUAACAGCAACGGCUUUUUCUCCGACGACUAUCUUAACUACUUUAGUCGCAACCGAUCAUGCUCACUGGACGCAACUUCGCUGUACUCAGUUCACAUCGUCCCGGGUUCGAAUGCGUCUCCUCCCUACGUAAUCCCACCCGAUACUAAUCCGUCCCUAAACAUCACCAACACUACCAUCGUAGCUAAUUUACUAGCGCUUGAUUUCGCAGUUGAAAAUGUGAAAAAUAUGACCAUCAAGCUCUCGAACACUGAUGUCUUUUUGCUGGAAACAAUGGCUGUAUUCAAUGACCAAAACAAGACGGCCAGAUAUUUCAACAGGAAUACUAACAUCACCUUCAACAAAAUCCAAAUCCAAUUCAAUCCCAUUAACUCGACCCAAAGACACAUGUACUUAAGUUACCUAGCAAGCAAGUACAGAUGCACUGAAGGAGUUGCCCGGCAAGUGCAGACGUACUUAAACUGA